GGUCAAUUCUGCUGUCACUGAGAGAGAAAAACGAAGGUAAACAUGGAGGUUUUUGAAGCCAGAUCUCGUUCAACCCUAAUUUUAUCACUCCUCGUCUUUUUCUCCCUAAGUUUCCGAUCGUCUUCUUCGCUAUCAUCAUCAUCAUCGGAGCUUCAGAUCCUUAGCGCCGAACGCAGAAUUGAUUUAGCUUCACACAUUAUUAGGGUCGUCUUGAGUUUGAAGGUACAAAAUGAUGGGGAAUUCCCUGCUUCAAAUGUUCUUCUUGCAUUUCCACCGCCACAAGCCAAGCAUCUAUCACUUAUCCAGGCUGCUGAACUUACUGGAAAAAAGAAGAAGAAAUCUCUACAGCCACUCGAUGUGAAGCCAAGUGAUCAUGCUGAUGGGCCAAAUGGAGCCAAAUUUUUCUCUAUUUCUUUGAGGAAUCCAUUGAGCACUGGUGGAUCUGUCUCAAUAGAAGUAUCAUAUAUACUGACCCAAUCCCUGGAACCUUUUCCUGUAGAGAUAAGUCAGUCAGAACCCCAAUUAGUCUUAUACCGUGAUGGUGCUUUAAUAUUGUCCCCAUAUACAAUUAAACAGCAGACAACAGUUAUUAGGACACCGACUACCAAAGUAGAAUCAUUUACAAGAGUGGAACCAACCACCCAAAUGCGUACUGAACUGAAGUAUGGGCCUUAUCAGGACCAGCCUCCUUUUUCAUAUGCUCCCAUACUUGUUCAUUUUGAGAAUAACAAUCCAUUUGCUGUCGUUGAGGAACUUGUACGAGAAAUUGAAAUUUCUCACUGGGGCUACCUUCAAAUUACAGAGCAUUACAAGUUGGUGCAUAAUGGAGCCAGACACAAAGGUGGAUUCUCAAGGGUUGAAUAUCAAUCCAGACCAUCUAUCAGUGGCGUUUCUUCAUUCAAGCAUCUUCUUGCAAAAUUACCCCCUAGGGUUCACUCUGUCUACUACCGUGAUAACAUAGGCAAUAUUUCAACAUCACAUUUACGGACAAGUUACAGUAAGUCUGAACUGGAAAUAGAGCCACGAUAUCCUUUAUUGGGAGGUUGGAAAGCAACUUUUGUCAUUGGAUAUGUGUUGCCACUUCAAGACUUCCUUUUUGAGUCAGAUGAUGGUAAGCGCUAUCUGAACUUCAGUUUUGGAUGUCCUAUUGCUGAAACGGUGGUAAACAAAAUAACAAACAAGGUUGUGCUGCCUGAGGGAUCAAAGAACCCAUUUGCCGUGGUCCCUUUUUCUGUGGAACGCCAUGCAGAGACAAGCUAUUCCUACCUUGAUAUUGUCGGAAGACCGGUGGUGGUUUUGGAGAAGGAAAAUGUAGUUCCUGAGCACAACUCACAUUUCCAGGUUUACUAUGACUUCCACCUGAUGUUCAUGCUUGCAGAGCCAUUGAUGCUGACAUCUGUAUUUUUCUUUUUGUUUGUUGCGGCCGUGGCCUACCUUCACAUGGACAUUUCGAUAAGAAAAUGAAGAACAUUGCAGGCCGGUGCAGACAGAUUAGUUUCAGGUACAACGCUUCGUUAAACCAAUCUCAAUAUGAACAUGGCCGGAUAAAUUAGAGUAUAUGUAAAAUUGACCCAUACGCUUGAGGGAACCAUCACCGUGAAUGUGUUAUAUGAGAUUGUAAAGUUUCCUUAAACUAGGUGAGGAAUGGGGACAUUUAGACCAGUCUCUGAUCAAAGAAUACAUUUUUUUAACUGCUUUGAUUAUGGAAGUGAUCUGCUUCUUUACUGUCUAUUUGUCUGCUGGUUUUCACCUUUAAGACCUGGACUGGAUGCAUAAUCAUUUUGAAAUGGGGAUGUUUGUUUU